GGGGCUGUCGGCCUCUUCCUCCCCCUUUAGGAAGAAGGCCUUCUCUGCGUUGUUUGAGCCACAACCGACGUCCGAGGUAGUGCAAGUUCAAGCGAGGAUGACAACACACCGUGGAGAGCCUGCGGUGGUCUUCAGUGCGGCUGACAUAGCAGUGGUUGCUGCUCCAUUCCGCUACACUUUGGUUGGGAAGUUCUCUAAGGGGCGGCCGCUGCUGCCUGACCUGAGGAAAUUCUUGUCGACUCUUGAUUUGAAGGAUACGGCGACUGUGGGAUUGUUAGAUGAUAGGCAUGUGUUGCUGAAAUUUCAGUGUGAAGCGGAUUUCCUUCGCGUUUGGGGACGAAGUUUGUGGUAUGUGAAUGGAUCCCCCAUGAGGGUUUUUAAGUGGACAUCUAAGUUCCAUGUGAACAGAGAGUCUUCCCUUGCUCCCGUCUGGUUUAGAUUGCCCAAACUCCCAAUUCACUUAUUUGCUAAGCCAUGUCUAUUUCAUCUUGUCUCCUGCUUGGGUACGCCGCUAUUCGUGGAUGCGGCUACGUCUUCGUUUUCGCGACCGAAUGUGGCGCGGGUAUGUGUUGAGGUGGAUCUGCUCAAAUCGAUUCCGUCGAGGGUGUGGGUCGAUAUGGGAGAUGGGGAUGGUUUUUGGCAGGUUCUUAUCCCUGAGAACCUCCCUAAUUAUUGCAGCCACUGCUAUCGUCAAGGGCAUGGCGAGAAUCAUUGCCGUGUGAAGCACCCUGAUUUGCGCUUGCACAAGACGCAGGAGGAUCUGGUCACAGGGGUGAUGGGCGCAAAGGGUCGCUCCUCACCAGCUAACACGCAGCGUACAGAGGAUGAGGAGCGAAGGGGGGUGAGUGAAGGAGAUGGGGUGAAAUCUGGUGCGACACAGAAUUCGAGUAAGAGCCAUUCCGAGGGGUCACUGCACGUUGACACCCCUACUACUGCUGUGGGAGAUGCAUCGUGCUUACUGAACCAGCUUGGAGGGUCUACGGUUGUGCUUGUGGAGAAGGGGAUAGAGGCUGCUGCUGAUGCCAUUCUUCACGCUAUGGCUGACCGCGUGAUUGGCGAACCAGAGGAAGAGCUGGAAGGGACUGCUAAUACGGGAGAAUUGGCGCUGGUGGAGCUGAACGUGGUAGCAGGCCCAGGCAUGAUGGAGCCCAUAGAGGGGGCUGCUGUGCUAGGGCAAAACUGCAACGAAAAAGCUGUCAAGCAUGGAAAAGCAAAGUUCGUUGUUGUUGACCAAAGGGAGGGACCAUGCGAUCACAUUGCUGGAAAUGAUUGUGAGGAGUCCCAUAUUCUAGUGGAGCAAAUAUUGGGAGAUGGUCAGCAGCAAAUGGCCGACAAUACUUCAAUUAGAAAUCAAAAUGCUGAAAAUUCUAAUUGGAAUAAAAGUGAUGGGUCCCAAGCUUUUGAGAAGCAGAAUUUGGGAGACGAUAAUCAUCAAAAGGUCGACACCACUGACCCCGACAUUGCCUUACCACUCCUUGUGGUUCCAAGUACAAGUACAAGAACAGAAACGAAAACCACGGUGCCUCAAAAUCCAGUGCCAGCUUUCAAAGAUGUGUUCGAAGAGGUUAAAUGGGAAAAAUUACAUGGUACACUUCCCCGACCACAUCAAAUUAGUUUUAUUCGUUCAAGUAUAACAUGCAAUAACGACAAAAAAGAAGAAGAAGACGAUUCACAACACGACAAACACAAAGAUCAAGACCAGAAUCUAGUACAACAGCAAUUUACCCAAGUGAUUUCAAAGAAAGCGAAGAAACAGCUUUCAAAAAAAGGUAAAACAAUGCAAACACGUCAAGAUCUCAAACCAAAUUCCAAUGCUCACUCGCAGUCACACAAAUGUGGAGCACCCUCGUGUGGAUGAUUUCUUUGGAUUGAUCUGUUAUGUCUUUACAAUUCCUUUAUAUGUGUGUUUAUUUUCCAUCAUUACAUGUUUCUUUUUCUUUAACAGAGGUCAGGUUUGGCCCCCCUCUAAUUUGAUGUA